GUUUGCCGCUAGGGGUCGCCACUCUGUGACCGAGGAGCCACAGCGAUAUCAAAGCUACAUGGAGUUCGUUGUUUGUUUAUCCUAAGUUGAGUGUCAUUCUCUCGGAUCAGGACAGGUCACAAGGUUAACUGAGACCCCGGGAAACCGCGGGAGAAGCUCAUUUCCAGGAUGACGGCAAUGUCACCAUUCACCCCUCCCAUCAUCAAAAGGCUCCUCGGUUUUAAAAAGGGGGACAGUUCCGAACGCGAGGAUAAGUGGAGUGAAAAGGCUGUCAAAAGUCUCGUGAAAAAGUUAAAGAAGACCGGAGGUCUGGAUGAGUUGGAGAAAGCCAUCACAACUCAGGAAUUGAACACUAAAUGUAUAACAAUACCAAGUCCUGGUGCCCGCUCUCCCCUUCAAUUGGUUGCCAGGGCAAUGGAAAAAUCACUGGAUGGUCGACUACAGGUUUCACAUCGGAAGGGUCUCCCUCACGUGAUCUACUGUCGUUUAUGGCGAUGGCCUGACCUACAGAACCAUCAGGAACUUAAGGCCAUUGAGCAGUGCGAGUACGCCUUUUACCUCAAGAGGGACGAAGUGUGUGUCAAUCCCUAUCAUUAUGUGAGGGUGGAGGCCCCAGUGCUUCCCCCUGUGUUGGUCCCUCGCCACACGGAGGUUCCAGACAAACUUCCACAGCUUGAGGACUAUGAUGCCAUGACAGUGCCUGGCAACACAGAUUUUCCGACUGGUAGCAAUGAAAUGUUCAAUAUACCAGACACCCCACCCCCCGGGUAUAUCAGUGAAGAUGGAGACACCACAGAUAACCAGGGUAUGGAUGGAGUUGAUGUUUCCCCAAGCCCUCCUCUAGAUGCCCAACCGGUGACGUACAAGGAGCCUGCCUUCUGGUGUUCGAUUGCUUAUUACGAGUUAAACAACCGUGUCGGGGAGACGUUCCAUGCUUCCCAGCCCUCCCUCACCGUCGAUGGUUUUACCGAUCCCUCUAAUUCUGAGCGAUUCUGCCUCGGCCUCCUCUCCAACAUCAACCGUACUCAGCAGGUUGAAAUGACGCGCCGCCAUAUUGGUAAAGGUGUACGUCUGUACUACAUUGGGGGCGAGGUGUUUGCCGAAUGUUUAAGUGAAAGUGCUGUGUUCGUACAAAGUCCUAACUGUAAUCAGAGAUACGGAUGGCAUCCAGCGACAGUCUGCAAAAUACCGCCAGGCUGCAAUCUUAAAAUUUUUAACAACCAGGAGUUUGCUGCAUUGCUGGCUCAGUCAGUAAACCAGGGAUUUGAGUCUGUCUACCAGCUCACUCGUAUGUGUACAAUCAGAAUGAGCUUCGUCAAGGGCUGGGGAGCUGAGUACAGGCGACAGACUGUGACCAGCACCCCAUGCUGGAUCGAGAUUCAUCUGAAUGGACCGUUGCAGUGGCUGGACCGUGUUCUCACGCAGAUGGGGUCACCAGGACUACCAUGCUCGAGUAUGUCAUAGGUCAAAGGUGAAAAGUCAACAUCAAUAGUCAUAUGAUGAACUGAAAAGUGAAUUAUCAAACUGGAGACUUAUAUUUGUAACUGUUUUACGAAAAAAAUAUUAUAUAUAAACAUGACGAAGUCAUUAUUCUGUCGCGGUUGUAUGAAUGAUGCUUGAUCGAGAAAUACUGAAGUCAUUGCCAUAAACGGCAGGCUUGGUUAAUGUAAGUUGGAAACAUGUUCAUUGUGUGUGGAUGGAAGAUCAAAGUGUUGAUGCAGAAUUAUUCCAUAGAAGAAAGCAUAGGAAACAAAGGAAAGCAAGAAUGUUUCUGGAGGUGGAACUCUCCUGCACAUGGAGGUAGGAAACAGUGUCUGAUCUGUAACCCAUUUACUGUCUGAUAAUGUGAACAUUUGACACAUGGAAUUCUUCAAAACAGUUAACGUGGAUACAAACGUGUUUGGAACUCUUCUAUGUGUAAAGGAAAGAAAUGUUGACAAAAGUUCUGUGAUAGAAUGAACCCUCUUCAGUUAUGAAGUACCAUUGUAUGAAUGGAACUCUUCUUACUGUGGAGGAAGGAUAGCAGUAUGAAACUCUUCAAUGUGGAGGAAAGACAAACGCUUAAUACGGGGGAAGCUUGGCCUAUUUUGAUGAAGGAAGAAAAAGUGUUCCACAAAUUGAACACAUGUUACUUUGAAGGAACAAAUAUGUGAUGCAUGAAUUUCUAUUUUUAGGAGGAAGUUUAAUUCAAUGGAACUCUUCAUAAUCUAGUAAAGGAAGGAAAAUGCUGUGAAUGAAAGUAAUUAAUUAUCAUUGUUAUGAUGCAUUGAAAUGUUUUAAGAUCAUUAUUGUUACGAGAUGGACACGAUAUGUAGUACAUAUCUGAGAGGGGAUCUUCAGUUUUCAAGUCGACUUGAAAAUUUAUUGUUAUUUACUGUGCUGCUGGAAAUUUAUUGUUUUUUGUUUUUUUUUCUCGAUUUUGACGAAUGUUCACACAAUGUUUCCAUGGCCUCUGCAUCAGGAAUUUGUGUGUUGGUUAAAGCCAGAAAGACUGUCUGUACUUCUUUAAACAAGCCUCAUCUGAUAAAUAGUCUUAAAUGCAAGGUUAUCUGAAACAAAGAAAAACUCACGCUGUAUAUCUGAAACAAAUGAAAAACUCACGCUGUAUAUCUGAACAUUUUCAUCCUGGUGCAUGGAAUACUUGGGGCCUGUUCGUUUAUGAGGACAAACCGGUUCGUCAGUUUUUAAAUGUAAUAAUUCAAACGUAUAUCUUGAUGGGCCUGCAAAUGUUAAUACAGGCCUUGGUAGUCUUUGACAAGGCUCGUCUGAAAACAAUAUAAAAUCACCAGGUCCAUAUUUAUUUCAUAAACGAACAACACCGGUCCAAGUGGUCCAACCGUUUGGACCUCAAAAAUGAAAACCUUGGUUCUGUAACAAAAAAACAAAACAAAACAAAAUUAACCCAGUUUUAAGAUUUGUUCAGAGCAUCAGAUGUUAAACUUUGUGACAUUGUUAAAUUUUUCUCUUCUAAUUGGGCAGAAAUGACUCAGUUGAAUGUUGGUGGGAAUUUUCUGGUAUUCAGUUACAUGUCAUCAAUGUUGAACUUGAUUAAAGAUUUUCAGUUAGAAAUUUCAAGACAUGACAUGAGUUUAAAAAAAAGCGCCAUUUUUGUGGCUGUUUUUUGUGGCUUAAGUACAGGAUAUUCAGCUACAGCAUCUGUGACAUCACAAGCAGACAGUGGAAUGUAGGCCAGAAAGGGAAAGAUCCUUGAACUUCUGUUUGCCAAAAUAUUUCAGGUAGAAACUGAAAAUUGUUUUAAUUCCUAAGAACAUGAGGGUAAGAGUUUUGUAUGCCUUUUAGAUUUCAUUAGUAAAAACUGGGAACAGUAAUUAUGGGGCAAGGGGAGAUAAUCUGUUGAAGGGGAUAAUGUAAUACAUUGUAUGGGAUCUUGGAGAAUUGAUCACUGUGAUGUUGUUAUUCGUUCAUCCAAGGUCCUCGUUUAUCGAAGAUCUUGUGCUUUUUGUCAUCAAUGAUCAUCUCAAAAUAUUUAUCAGAGGAAAGCAACCCAUAUUUCAUCAGUAAGGAUAAAUGAUUAAUUCAGAUGAUUUGGGUAUCAUUGAAGAUAUAUUAUAAAGCCCAUUGUGUAUUUAUCUAUAUACCCCUGCCCAGGUAGUAAGCCCACCCUUGUCAGUUGCUGUUCAGUAGAAUUAUCAACCAAUGCUAUUUGUAAAAUUCGCACAUUUUGUUUCUCCAUUUGAUAAUCAAGCGAAAAUACCGUUAUAUAUUGUACAGCAACAAAUUAGAAGGGCUAUGUAAUUGUAACGAGGAUACAAUAUUUCAGUGCAGAAAUGAAAUUACUAAAAACCUGGUCAAAAACAUGGCAGGCCUGUACUGGCGUAUGAUAUGGCCAAAUGCUUUGAGUGUGUGGAGUGUGAAUUUUCACUGAAUUCUUAUAAAUAUAAUAUUGUACACUUUUUAUCUGGUUGUGUUGCAUGCUGCAGAGCAACUCGACCCCCGUUUUGGUUGUAUAUUAUUGGUUCCAUUAUCAAGAAAUGCGCGACAAGUGUCUGUUUUCAAUCAGCAAUUUUACGGAGAAGAUUUUAUAGUGGAUGGAUCUGUUUACAGAUUCGGGCGUUGGGGAUCUGUUUACAGAUUCGGGUGUUGGGGAUCUGUUUACAGAUUCGGGCGUUGGGGAUCUGUUUACAGAUUCGGGCGUUGGGGAUCUGUUUACAGAUUCGGGCGUUGGGGAUCUGUUUACAGAUUUGGGCGUUAGUGAUCUGUUUACAGAUUUGGGCGUUAGUGAUCGUGUUAUAUGGAAUCCAAGCAAUUAUUUACUAUUAUCCCGGUGCAUCAUCAUCAGUAUUUUUGUCACGUAGUUUAGCACUUGUCCAAGUAUGUGUAGACAACUCUAGAACAAUUGACGAUUAUUAUACAAGGGAGACGACUCUAUCAAUGGAAAAAUUGUUCCAUAAAUUAAAUCUAUUUCUUAGCCGAGUAACUGUUAGAAGUCAAUAUUGAAAUACUGUUAAGCAACAAAUCUAUAAUGCUACAAAUAAGAAUAUUUUGUGCAAUUUAAGAUUUGCUGUUUGUAUAUACCAUUAUAAUUCAGAAUUCAAAGAAAUAAAUGUUGUGACAGGUUAGGCCUAAAAAAUAAUAACUGUUUUUUGCUAACCCUUCCGACACUUUAUUUAUAUAUGAUAAUAAUAAAUGAUAAUUAUAUACUUUAUAUGAGGUCAAUAACUCUUUUGAGUCACUGACUCAUCUAACAAGUGGUCAACACCAAAAUGUACAAUGGUUACAGCAAUUCUUUUCGACCAUCAUGAAGUUUUUCCAGACAUUUUUAAGAAAAUAACUGUCAAAGUUAAAAAUAUCUAUCUAUCGGCCUACUUGUUUGUUUGUGGAAUAACCUAUCUAUAUAACAUUUCUUGGCUGACCUUCCCUACUUCGUUCUGGCAUGUUAGCAGAAACAUUAAUUUUUCGGGCCUAGUUUCAAUUAACAUCACACUUUUGAGCUCGCUAUACUGUAACAGCAUUACAAGGGAGAUGACAGUAUUUCAUGCUAACUUCAUAUUGUUUUGCCUUCCAUGCCAUUGAUAUUAUAUAUAAUGUAGUUCUUGAUCCACAGAAUGCCUCCUGAUUCAGGGGCAGUAACUCUGUAGAAGGGAUGUUUUUGGGUCGACUAAAGACAGUAAAUGGUCUGCGGCGGGCAGUAAUUAUUGGAUAUACUCCUCAUGCAUGUAAAUUUGUCAUUGCCAGUUGCUAGAAAUAAAAUCAUCAUGCAUACAA